CUAACGCCUUGUCAUAAAUAUGCCUGCCUGAUAGAGUGGUAAAUGUUCAGUGAAGAUGCAUGUGUGUUGCAGUCUACAUCCAUACCGUGUGAUUCUCGCUGCAUCCAAAGCUCCUACCUACAAUAUACAAACACGCUACAGAUCCAGCGAACUGCUGAGUCAUCGAGCUCCGCGCACUGCCACUCACUCGAACAAGACUUGUGACUGCUCUGAACCCUGACGGUGACGAACGGAUGGCCCUCCCAACUGUGCCCAACUGUAGCCUGUGUUCCGGGUAGAUGGUCACUGCUGAACUCCUUACUCCGACUCCCCAGCCCGCGUGUGUGAGAUCUGGGAUCAGCCUGCUCGCGGGACUUGGAUAUCUCCAAUAUGGCGAGAGGAAGACCCCGUACCGAUACUGGCCGGAGUGCUGUCAGUUUGUUCGUGAAAUAUGUCCUGUUCUUCGUAAACUUUCUGUUCAUCCUGGUUGGUCUCAGUCUGGCCAUCGUGGGUGCCUACGUGCUGUAUCUGAAGGAGAAGAAGGUGCGGACUCCCAUUGACUUCUUCUUCGACCCGUCAUGUCUGAUGUGUCUGGCAGGCUGCAUCGCCUUCCUCCUCGCCUUCUUCGGCUGUGCAGGCUCCCUUAGGGAGAACACCACCUUCCUUAAAAUUUAUUUCUACCUUGUGGGGUUGUUUCUGUUCCUGGAACUGGCCCUCAUCAUCUUCGUCUUCGUCUUCUACUACGUCCCCGACGCCAGGACGACGCUCAAACUCUACCCCGAGGAUGUUCUCAGGGAGGCAAUCGUCAAGUAUAGAGAUGACGACGAUAUGAAGAAUCUCAUUGACGUCAUGCAGCAGACUCUGCUGUGUUGCGGGUUAAGCAACGACGACAAAGGCUACCUGGACUGGAACCUGAACGUCUACUUCAACUGCACCGACAGCAACAAAAGUCCAGAGAGUUGCGCCGUCCCCUUCUCCUGCUGUAACAUCAAAUCGGGCGAUAAAAUCAACAUUUUGUGCGGUGGUGGAGCCCUAAAAGAACAAGAUGCAUCGGCACAGCUGACGUCCCGGAUAUACACGCAGGGAUGUUUGAAGGGGGUCCAGACAUUCCUGGAUGGAUCGGCGCUCAUCAUAGGGGGAGUUUGUAUAGGAAUUCUGUUACCUCAGGCGCUGUUCGUGUGUCUCGCGCGGAUGCUGAAAGAUCAAAUCUUGGAACAAAGAUCGAAAUGGGCAAGGUCAUGAGGAGAACUGAUCUUGCAAUAAUUCCGGAUGAUUCUUCUUGUGGUGUCGUCAAAGACAGAAUUAUUGAAUAUGCAAAAUCAUUAUGAUUGCAAUACGACUUGCAGCUCAAGUGAACGUUGACUUUCAUACCAUAUUCGGAGUUGUGAUAAUAUAUUUUAGGGAUUUUCCCACCGUAUUUCUUGUGCAAAGUAUUUUCACGAAUCUUUAUUGCUGCCGUUUGAGAUCUCUAAAUGUAAAUGUUUGUACAUAAAAUAAUUUCUAUAAGUGAA